AAGAGAACGUGCCCGACAAUGAGCAAAUCUCCCGCUAGCGUAGUAUCUUCCGAUGAAACACACAGUGCCAGUGAUGAAUCAUUGGUAAUAUCAGCCGCCAAUUCACACACCUCACUCAGAUCUAUUGGAGUAACGAAAGCGGUAAAGAAAUCAUCGAAAGACGAACCGACUGCGACAGGAAACUCGAUGGCCAAAGAAAGGCCACCUUGGCGCCCCGCUAGUCUUACUGCGGUCGUAGUCCCACCACCACCGAAACCGGACAUAAAAGCACGGCUACUUGAGGCUUCCAAGCGUAUGCGUCGCGUAAAUGCAGUUGUGCAGACGGAUCCAGUUCACACGAAGCUGAUGAAGGAAGUGUCGACGGACGAGCAAACCGAUCUGAUAGCGAUGGUGGACGAGGAAAUACUGACCGAUGGCAAUCUGGUGAUACGUGAAGUUGGCAACCUGAUACUUACACAUUCGGUGGCGCAAAUGACGGAUGGUGUGGAAAUGUGUGACAGUGGCACACAGACCGCUAUUCCUCGAAGUGGAAUUUCGUUCCGGAAGUUCCUCGAACCGAUCGCUGUGGGUGAUGGGCAGAGUAAUCCAGUUGCUAACUCGUUCAAACUUUCUACGGAGGAAUCUCAUUUAGAUGUGGACAUGGCUACCACUAUCACGCUGGAAUCUCUUGGUGAAAACUUUGUCAACGAUCCACAGGAACCAAGUUCAUCUCAAAGUAGCAGUGAUAGUAUCAAAGAACCGAACACACCAGAUUUAAUCAGUGCGACGGUUGAAGGUGAUCCGUCCCCACAUCGUACCGCGACCUUGCUUGAAACACCCACCUUCGCUGCGUGGCAAAAUCUGGACUUCUCGGACGAAGAAUCGGAAAGCUACGCUCCCCGCGAGCUACCUCGUCGAUCGAUCGGAGAAGGUAAUCGUCCGUGGGCAGAGUUUAAGGAUCUAGUGAUUGGAUCAAGGGUAGCUAAUAUGCGACUUUCGCCCAUACCGCCCCGAAGACCCCGAGCACCGAAUCAAAAGACAGUUACAUGGAGCGAUAGGCAGCACCGAGCGGUAUCAAAGUUGAUAAACGAAGCAUCCGCACUGGUAGACAUGUUCGAUCAUGUUUCGCUGUUGCUGGGGCCAGAUAUAUCGCUACACAAACUUCCACCACAGCAAGAGUUUCGUCUUCCGCCCGCAAAAUGGGAACCACUGUUGACAAAGUCCUGCGAUUUGCUGGAGGAAAAGCUAGCCCAAGUGAGACAUCUUACUAUGAGCGAUUUCGACAGCCAAAAACUAACGGUGGACGCGAAAGUAGUGUCUUGCACCUCACCUAUCAUAUCGGACGUUGGGCCAGAAGAUAUUUAA